AUGGCGCUGCCGGCGCUGCUGCAGGCCGUGAAGGCCGGCGCGCGCGAGCUGCUGCUGCAGCAGCUGCUGCAGCAACCCGCAGCAGCAAAACUCGCCAACUGCAACGGGACAACUGCUUUGCUGCUGGCAGCAAAGUUGAACAAAGAGGAAAUCGUGAAGGAGAUUUUGCUGCACGGCGGAGACCCAAAUGCAGCAGAGGUCGCUGAGGUCGGGGCCAACACGGCUUUGCACUUCGCCGCCAGAAACAGCAACGAAGAAAUGCUUUCUUACCUCCUCGCCUUCGGGGCUUCUCCCAACCAGCAAAACGCCCUCGGGCAAACUCCGCUGCACUUAGCAGCAAGAGUUGGUGCUGCUGCUGCAGUGCAGCAGCUGCUGGCAGCAGGAGCCAAUCCGGCCAUAACGGACCAGGCUGGGUUUGACGCGGCGUGCUGGGCGCAAAGCGAAAUGCACGAAGAAGUCGUGCAGCUGCUGCCGCCGGCGAAGAGUCUGGGCAGUCGGGACUUAGCGUUAUUUCAGUUGUUGGCGAUGGACCAGCUGGGGAUGAGUCUGAAGCUGCCGGGCAAGAAGAAGGGGAAAGCGAGCAAAAAAUAG